AUGUAAAAAUAUAAAAUAAUACGUAAAAUCGGUGAUGGUACAUAUGGCGAAGUCUCCGAAGCUUUAAACACUGAAACAAACAUGAAAGUAGCCAUAAAAUAAAUAAAAUAAAAAUUUUCAAAAUGGGAAGAAUGUUUAGACCUUCGUGAAAGAUAAAAAAUACCUGAAAAAAAUAUCAGAGAUAUAAUUUUUUAAAUUGCUAAAGGAAUUUCAUAUAUGCAUUAACACGGCUUUUUUCAUAGAGAUUUGAAACCGGAAAAUGUAUUAAUUUCUGAAGAUGGGAAAAAUGUCAAAAUUUGCGAUUUUGGACUUGCAAAGGAAAUUAGGUAAAGGCCACCUUUUACAGAUUAUGUUUCCACGAGAUGGUAUAGGGCUCCUGAGUUGCUUUUAAGAAGUAAACAUUAUAAUUCACCUGUUGAUGUUUUCGCUUUAGGGUGUAUUAUGGCAGAAUUGUAUAGAUAGGAACCUUUAUGA